AUGACCCAACGUAGGCUCUUUGCAAAGUAUCCAAAGAAACCGAAGUCAGUACCGAUGAAGAAAGAGAAAGAAGGCGAGGAGUGGACUCCAGAUAAUGUCUUUUGGCGUUGGCUCUCAAUGACGUUUGUCAAUUUUCAUUUGCUGCUGUUCUUGUCCUAUCUUGUGGAGAUUUGGCUUGUAGUCGCCACGAAGUACAACAGAAUUAUCAACGACUAA